GUUUAUUAAGACCGGGUCAUUGCGCCGUUAGUCGCGGGACAACACGAGCUCGCCUUGGACGCUGUCCACGGGGGAACCGCGGCUCCAUGCCUUGACAACCCGACCGAGUGCGAAACUCCUGCUAAUGGGGCGAAGUCCCGUCCGGCCGGAGCUGUAAAAAUGAUUGAAACAAUGGACACGCAGCGUGCCUUGCAGGCGGUGGAGCGGCUCCAGGCGAAGCUAAAGGAGCGGGGGGAGGUGCCCACCGAGGAGAAGCUCAGCCUGCUCAAGUCGGUGCUCCAGAGCCCUCUCUUCCACCAGAUCCUGGCCUUGCAGAAGUCCGUGCAGCAGCUCAAAGACCAGGGGUGUGGCAUUCCCGUCUCAGAAACGCAACACAACGGCGGCCAUGUCGCAAGCCCGGACAUCAGCGCCGAAGAAGCGAAAUGUGAUCAAUUGGAUCAGAUUGUUCAGACGAUGGCCCAGGGACGCUACGUGGCUCACGUGGACUUGCAGAAGCCGGCGAUGGGGGGUCUGGGAUUCAGUGUGGUGGGACUAAAGAGCGAGAACCGCGGUGAGCUGGGCAUCUUCGUCCAGGAGAUUCAAGUCGGGAGUGUGGCUCACAGCGAUGGCAAGCUGAAGGAAGCCGACCAGAUUUUGGCCAUCAACGGCCAGCCCCUGGACCAGACGGUUACCCACCAGCAGGCCAUCGGCAUCCUGCAGAGGGCGUCGGAGAGGGUGCAGCUCAUCGUAGCCCGGGGUCCCAUACCUCAGCUGUGGCAACACGUGGAGACGAUCGAGCUGGUCAACGACGGCACCGGCCUGGGCUUCGGGAUCGUGGGAGGGAAGACGACGGGCGUGAUUGUGAAAACAAUCCUUCCUGGAGGCAUCGCAGACCAGGAUGGCCGCCUCAGAAGCGGGGACCACAUCCUCAGAAUCGGAGACACGGACCUCUAUGGGAUGGGCAGCGAGCAGGUGGCGCAGGUUCUGCGGCAGUGCGGGAACCGGGUGAAGCUGGUCAUCACCCGUGGGAACGUGGACGAGAACCCUUCGGUUUCCGCGUCCGCGCCGCCGGACAAGGGCGCUGAGAAGGACGAAGAAGAAGGCGCCUUUGACGUCAGCCUCAUCAAGAACACCCAAGGGCUGGGGAUCACGAUUGCCGGAUAUGUGGGCGAUAAAAAUUCAGAACCUUCCGGUAUUUUCGUCAAGAGCAUAACCAAAGACAGCGCUGUAGAUCAAGAUGGUCGUAUUCACGUGGGAGACCAGAUCGUGGCUGUGGACGGCGUGAACAUCCAGGAAUACACCAACCAGCAGGCCGUGGAAGUCCUCCGGCACACGGGCCAGGCCGUCCACCUGAAGCUGAUCCGCCGGGGGUUCCGGCCCGACGAGAUCCCCCCCGCCGUGGCCCCCGUCGUCACCGUCCUGCCGCCGUCCGACGCCGUCCUGAACGAGCCGCACACGGAGGGACGGACGGAAGCGGAUCGAGAUAAAACGCAGACCCAGACGAUGAACCACGGAGUCACCGUCGCGCCGGUUGUAGAUCAGCGAACAGAUGAAGAACACGGGACGACAACAACUCCGGCGCCUUUCGAGGAAGAGGAACUCGUGAAAAAGUGGCAAGAGAUUUUGGGUGCAAAUAAUGAAGUCAUUGUGGCUCAGGUGGAGAAAUUCAGCGAGAGCAGCGGCCUCGGGAUCAGCCUGGAAGCCAACGGCGGCCAUCACUACGUCCGCUCCGUGCUGCCCGAAGGACCCGUCGGGCGUUGUGGCAAAUUAUUCAGCGGAGAUGAACUGGUUGAGGUCAACGGUAUAUCGCUGAUCGGCGAGACCCACAAGGAGGUGGUCCGGAUCUUGAAGGAGCUGCCGCUCAGAGUCUACAUGACAUGCUGCAGGCCCGCCCCCCGCCAGCAGGCCGACGUCGACGCCUCAAAACCACAAACGGACGCGUCGUCUGACGGAUCCCAGCUAACGCAGGAACAAAUCAACUUGAGCGGGGUGGACGUGGUGGAAGCGGCAAGUGAUGCGACUCCGGAGGUGCCGGCGUCUUCUUUGGCCAUGUGGGAGCUGGAGAUCCAAAAUAUUGAACUGGAGAAAGGAGCUGGAGGAUUGGGAUUCAGUAUUUUGGACUACCAGGACCCACUGGACCCGGCCAAGACGGUCAUCGUGAUCCGGUCCCUGGUUCCGAACGGCGUGGCCGAGCAGGACGGACGGCUCCUGCCGGGCGACCGACUGAUGUUCGUCAACGACACCAACCUAGAAAGCGCCAGCCUGGAAGACGCCGUCCAAGCUCUCAAGGGGGCCGAGCUCGGAAUGGUACAAAUCGGGGUGGCCAAACCCCUGCCCGUGGACACCAGUGAAGUAGACCAGAAGGCUCUUGAGCACGCUUACUUCGGUGACGAGGACACAUUCCAGGCCUCGAUGAUUGCGCUUCACGGAAGUUGCUCGGACCUGGAUUUCCUGAAUGCAUCCACGCCCGAGACUUCAAGUUACCUCGACUUCGUACCAGCGUCCGUGACUGCCCGACUCGGUGCUUCCGACGAAGACCUAACCACCACCGAACAAACGACGGAGCGCUCCGAUUCCUACGGCCCGUUUCACGACCUUCAGAUCACACCCGAAGUCCAGCCAGAAUCGGAGGAACUGGUUCAGUGUCAAGUCGAAGAACCCUUUCUCGGAUUUGAGGACGAAGACGCAGAGGCGGGAGCCGGCGUCGGCGGCCACGCUGCAACCUCGGGAAGCAAUUUCGAACGGACGAUCACUGUUGUCAAGGGCAACUCGAGUCUCGGAAUGACCGUGAGCGCCACGAAAGACUGCCUGGGGGUGCUGAUCCGGAGCAUCAUCCACGGCGGGUCCAUCAGUCGGGACGGGCGCCUGGGGGCGGGCGACCUCAUCUUAGCCAUCAACGGCGAGUCCACCGCCAAACUGAGCAACGUUCAAGCCCGCGCCAUGCUUCGCAGGCACUCUCUGGUCGGACCGGACAUGGGAUCCGCUUGCUCACCUGAGGAUGAUCUGUGCCCGUUUUAUGUGAUCACGUACGUCCCGGCGGAGUAUUUGGAGGAGUACAAGCGCAGCCUGGAGCGGAGCGACAACGACGACGACGUCUUCUCCGGACUGCCGUCCGCUCCGGCUCCAAAGGAUGUUCCCGCCCUUCCCGAGCGGGAGGAUGGUGAGGGAGAAGAGAGCGUGUCUUACAGCAACUGGAACCAACCAAGACUAGUGGAGCUCUUCAGACAGCCGGGCAAGUCCUUGGGCAUCAGCAUCGUCGGCGGCCGCGGGAUGGGCAGCCGCCUGAGCAACGGCGAGGUGAUGCGGGGUAUUUUCAUCAAGCACAUCCUGGACGACAGUCCCGCCGGACACAACAACACCUUGAAAACCGGAGACAGGAUCGUGGAGGUGGGCGGCGUGGAUCUGCGGGACGCCAGUCACGAGGAGGCGGUGGAGGCCAUACGCAGGGCAGGAAAUCCUGUGUCCUUCCUGGUGCAGAGCAUUAUCCAGAAACCCAGGCCGUCGACGAGUGCAGAAUCCAUCGAGGAGAACGCGCCAUCCCUCCCAAGGGACCGGGAGGACAAGGAGGGUGACAGUCACAGUAGACUUGUCCUCCGCCUCUCCCCAACUAACCCUUUCACUCCUACCCCGUUUAAGCCGAAGAAGCGCGACGCUGCGAAGGCGGUGGCCCUCGCCCUGCCGGUGGUGCCCCACCCGGGGGAGACGGACACCGACACGCUGACGGAGAUUCCGGCUGACCCGGCGAACGGGGAAGGGGACGAGCCGGAAUCCAGCUGGGGCGCCAUCUUUUUGCACCGCCGCAUUUCAGAGAACGUCGUCACGCGCUACGGCGGCCUCCCGGGUGCCCUGCACGCCAUCGAGCUGGAGAAGGGCAAGACGGGCCUGGGCCUCAGCCUGGCCGGCAACCGGGACCGCGCCCGCAUGAGCGUCUUUGUGGUGGGCAUCGACCCCGCGGGUGCGGCCGGGGCGGACGGACGCAUGCUCGUCGGGGAUGAGCUCCUCGAGAUUAAUGGGCAGGUCCUCUACGGCCACACUCACCAGAAUGCGUCUGCCAUAAUCAAAAACUCCCCAUCUAAAGUCAAAAUCAUCUUUAUCAGGAACGCAGAGGCACUGGAGCAGAUGGCGGUGGGACCCGUGAGAGAACCCGAGGGGGACCCGGCCGAGCCCCACGCCGAGGAAGACUUUGCGGUCGGUGAAGGGACCGCAGAGGACGAGGGAACCCUCCGAGAAGGCUGCAUCGAAGUUGUGAAUGGGGAACCGGAGGUCGCCAGUCUACCCGACAUGAUUGGUCCCGGACAACCCGAAACUGUUACAAGUCAUAGUCGUUCGUCUAGCCUCUCGACGCUGGCCUGCGACCCAGCAACUUGCCCCAUCAUCCCGGGCUGCGAGACCAUCAUUGACGUCUCCAAAGGGCGGACGGGUCUGGGGCUUAGCAUCGUUGGGGGCUGCGACACUUUGCUUGGAGCCAUCAUCAUCCACGAGGUUUACGAAGAAGGUGCGGCCUCCAAGGACGGCAGGCUUUGGGCUGGAGACCAAAUCCUAGAGGUGAACGGCAUCGACUUGCGCGCAGCGAGCCACGACGAGGCCAUCAACGUGCUGCGGCAGACCCCGCAGAGAGUCCAGCUGACCGUCUACAGGGACGAGGCCCAGUACAAGGAGGAGGACCUGUGGGACUCCUUCAUCGUGGAGCUGCAUAAAAGGCCUGGCCAGGGUCUGGGACUCAGCAUCGUGGGGAGGAGGAACGACACGGGAGUGUUUGUGUCUGACAUCAUCAAAGGAGGAUUAGCGGAUGCCGACGGAAGACUCACGCAGGGUGACCAGAUCCUGUCGGUCAACGGAGAAGACGUCCGGUCCGCCACCCAGGAGACAGUCGCCGAUCUUCUCAAGCGCUGUGUCGGUUCGCUCAAGAUGGACGUCGGGAGGUUUAAAGCCGGCCCCUUCCAUUCGCAACGAAGGCUGUCCCAAAGUAGCCAGAUGGAACAGAUAAUAGAACCUGGCACCUCCAAGGUGGCUUCGGAAAUGCUUUCAGGUGAUGCGAGUCAGCAGGCUCCAGAUCACCAGGACGUGAGGACGGCGGAGUUCACCAAAGGUCCCGGCGAUUCCCUGGGUGUCAGUAUUGCAGGUGGCGUGGGCAGCCCCUUGGGCAACAUACCCAUCUUCAUCGCCAUGAUGAACCCCGUCGGCCUGGCAGCGCAGACCCAAAAGCUCACGGUUGGGGACCGGAUCGUUAGCAUCUGUGGAACUUCAACUGAAGGCAUGAGCCACUUGCAAGCCGUCACUUUGCUCAAGAACACCACGGGGACGAUUCAGCUGCAAGUGGUGGCGGGGGGCGAUCACACCGUGACCGGCGCGGCGCAGGAGCAGGCGGCCGGAGGCCUUCCGUUGUCCGGCUGCAUCUUCCAGGAUGACCUCAGCCCUCCUCAGGUCAAGAGCAUCACUCUGGCGCGAGGAGCGGACGGGCUGGGCUUCAGCAUCGUCGGAGGCUACGGCAGCCCCCACGGGGACCUUCCCAUCUACGUCAAGACGGUGUUCGGCAAGGGGGCGGCGGCGGAGGACGGCCGCCUGAAGCGGGGCGACCAGAUCGUGGCGGUCAACGGGCAGCCGCUGGAAGGCGUCACGCACGAGGAGGCCGUGGGCAUCCUGAAGAGGACCAAAGGAAGCGUGACGCUGACCGUCUUGUCCUAGACGCUUCUCAAACAUGCGUCGACUAGAACCCCGACGCACCGCAGUGUGAUCCAGUUCCAGUCGACUGAGCGAAAGGCUAAUUUAGCUGACUUUCUUCGAAUUAUUAUUAUUACUCCAGUCCCAGUUUUGACCACAAGCCGCGAAACAUUUUCAGUACAUCCUAUCAGUGUUGGAUCCUCCACCUCGCUAGAAGGAUUAGCGGAUACGUUGACAACGAACCCAGCGUGAAAGUCUUUCUUUCAAGUGAAUUCCCUUUUUUUUUUUUUUUUUCGUUUCUGAAUGCAUAACACGUUUGAAGAUAAAUGUUAAAAACAUGUAGCGAUAUGUAGCUUGAAACUGUUUUUGCAACAUUUCAGUUUUCCAGAUUUUUGGGUCAUGGCUAAAAACACGAGUCGCAACCUCCUAGCGGCUACUCAGCAAAAAGUGUCCAAUUGGCUAGCUAGCUACGCUUGUAGGGUUGCACCUGCUGUUUGGCUUGUCCGCUGCGGUCGCCGCUUUCGAGCGCCUCGUUGUCAGCCGUAUCUGCACGCAUGUCGCGCAGAGUACGACGGAUGACCUCGGAGGGAAGUCGUUUUCCCAACCUUCCAGCCAGCACGCGGACAGGAGCUACGUGCUGGCACGGUCGCUUUAGAGCGCCUCGUUGUCACGGCGUGGGAAAAACCCGCGACGACCCAGUGUGGUAUAUUCCAGCCACUGCAGGCUUCAAGCAGAUAUAUUCCCACGACUCAAACAUGUACUUAUCCGUGUGCAUAAGAAAAAUGCUUUUUUUCCCCCCUCCAGGUCGUGGCGCUGAUAGUUCGAUUGACGGUUGAGUGGGGCGUGGCUUCAGCGCAUUCGCCAAACACGCCCACAGUUUUUUGAGAGGGGGGACACCCAUGGAUUGAGUUUUUGGUUUUUUUUUUUUUUUUUACAGUUUUGGAGCCUCUUUUUAUAAGCACCCUGUGCUGUGUCCAUUUUAGAUGACAUUUGAUUUCACUUUGGCAAACCAGACGACAGCGGCAGCGUGCCGUCCUGGUUCUACCGUCUGGUCUCGUCUUCUGGCUGGUGUGCCAAGCGCAAUGUGACUCGAAAGAUGUCUCAAUUGAAAGAAAUCCUUUUAUUCACACUGGAUUGAAGAAAAUUAAACAAUAAAUGGAUGCAGUCCUUUUUUUUUUUUUCGUCUGCGCAGGUGAUUUUGCCAUAAUAAAAAAAUGGUUUGGCGGUUUUGGGUGGGUCUUGGUCAUUAUGCUCAACUGCGAGGGGUUUUUGUCACCCGAGUGGCGGCGUUCCUCGUUGUCUUCGUGAGAGACGGACCGGGAUUCAGCUGGACCGUAAAAGAGAAAGAACAAACGAGAGGUUUGCCUGCUGACUCAUUCACCUCCAGGUCACGGUUGACAGCUGCAAGGGAGCACCUGUUGUGGGUGGACUCCGCCCCCCCCCCCGCCACCCCCGGGCUCCCGAGGCGAGCCCACCCUCACCAAAAUGUCAGCCUGUUGACUCAAGUCUGGAUUGUGCUCACCCCUGCACUUUUUUCCCCCCAUGUUUGCAAUCCAAACACAUAAAAAGGUAUUGUGUAAGGGCGACUCCAUGAUCCGGACCGUGGUAAGGUGUCCGAAAGUCUUCAGGUCCCAAUACCGCCCCCCCCACUCCGGAUAUCUUUGCACACUUUGCGUAUCCCUCCUGGUAUGUUUGCCUUACAGUUACAGCGUCAAAUGACUUCACAGCCCGGGCGCAUUAAAAGUUUUUUCGUGUUCGAUCACAACUCCGUGAGUCGCGUGUGAAGUCAUUCGGUGGUGCCGAGCCCGCCGGGUGAUGUUCGCCAAGGGCGGCGGGUGUCGCCCGGAUGCCCGACCUCGAAAACGACUGCCGAUCGCGCGCCGGAUCACUGGGUUUGUCCUAUUGAUCUGACGCCAGGAUAGAAACAUGACGGGACGCCUACGGCGCUCGCGUCAACGUUGCUAUGGCAGCGCUUUACACACAAUCGGUACUACGAUCAGACUGGAUUGGCGAGAUCAGAACCUGGAGAGCGAUACCGACGCUGGGGAAACAAACAAAAAAAAAUGUUGACAUAAGUUUGACUCAAGAUGUGUGACUCGAGUCGAGUCAAGUCGCGUGACUCAAGUCACCCACUUGAGUCAAGUCACGUGACUCGAGCCAAGUCAUGUGACUCAAGUCACGCCCCA